UGUAGUCUGGCGGUCUCAAAAGUAACGUGUGUUUGAUGUCUGCAGAACAUAGCUAAAUAACAUUGAAUGCGUCAUCUAGCUGGUAUUUGCAUGUAAUUCUUGACUAAUCUGUGGCGGGACUAUUUUCAGGCUUUGGCGACCCAUAAGCAUGUCAAGGGGGGAAUAUGAUGGCAUCCUUCCUUAUGGUCUGACUACCAUGCUGGAGGGUUUGUCCCGGGCUGUACUGAAAAAGAGACCAGACAACCUUAAACUCUUCGCCCUUUACUAUCUGACAGAGCUGAAGAAAUUCAAAAAUGAGAACCCGUCCUUUGGGAUAAAGAAGCUUGUGGUAGAUUUCCACAAAGAUAGGGCUGAGAGUUUACACGACGAUGGUUUUGAGGAAGAAUUGAAAAUGAUUGGUUUCGAAGGCAUACGGCCAGGGCUCUCGAGAUUAACCAGGGAGGAAACGACAUCACCAUCACGUUCAAUUCCAGAUAGGGUCAAUAGUAUUCCGUCCACAGCGAAGGGGGACGCAGUCCUAUCUACACAUAUAACGGAAAGCAAUUUACAGAUCAACAGUCGCCAAGAUAAUUACGCACGACCCAAAUCUGCCCUCGUGGUAAAUCAACCGGGUAUUUCGCCUGUUACAAUUGACUGGAGACUUAAAUCAAGCAGUGUAAAACAUCAGUCGGUGAACGCACGAGGCCAAGAAGUUGAAGUGAAACAAGGUGGAGGCCCCGACAAGGCCGCCAAUACACGAUCAAGCGGAGGUUCAGAAAACGGGACGGUCGGAGACGCACCUGUCCAGGCGGCCAGUAAUCCAUGCACUGAGAACAAGGUAACACUAAUCACACCAAAUUACAAAGAGAUAAGAGAGUUAGUCCACGACCUCAGCAAAGCCCCAGAACAACGUGAAACAAUACUAGUGACCGAAGAGCUUCCAUCUCCAAGCGGGGAUGCUUCCACAAUUCCACAUUCACGCUCUCCCGUUGGACAAAGAGCUGCAGCAACAACAACGACGGGACCUAAGAGGGAAAGCCACGGUGUCAAAACACAGGUCAUUGCGACCACUAACCGACGAAGAGUUCGGAUCGAUGCAUGGGCGCAAGUGCCAGGGAAAUCCUUCAUCCGGAGCUCAGCAGCUAGACCUUCAGGGUGUACGGAUGAGAGACGCCCACUCAACGCUGCAGCAGUUGUGCAUUCUGAACAAGGCUAUCAAGAUACUGAGCACCCAAGAGAUUAUGAAGUGUCACCAGAAACAAACCAUGACUACAGCCAUGACGACGAAGCAUGGAGAGGUCAACAUAUCAGUAAGGGCGAGAGUCAUGGAAAAGUAUUCGUUCCAAUACAAUAUCAUGCGCCAUGCUGUUGCGCUCAGCGAAGGUAUCCUCAAGAGUGCGCCUGCCACUAUUCUACAUCACAAGACUACGGUUAUUGCCCCGGAUUACCGACCCACCACCCAGGUCUACUGCACAAUCAGUGUGCAUACAACUACUCGCCUGUUUGUCAACCUCAAAUAAACCUGUGCCACUGCGCUGCAGAGAGCACCGUGCCUCUUGCCAUCCAUGUGCCACGGUGCGUAAUGGUUAGGCCUCACACUACUGGUCGUUUGAAGCAGCAGACGCAAAUCAAAUCCUGUCAGACUUCGACAACAACUAAUUGCUGGAAUGAGGGCCCUGCAGUGGCCAGGCGACGAUGCGCUUACCCUACCCUGAUGUCAAGCAGCUACUAUCCAACAGACAGUGAUUCCUAUUGUCUGCCUUUGCAGCCGAGGUCAACGAUGAAAUACGUUCCUGUCUAUGUACCGAUGGAUGACCACUCCAUGCCAAAAGCCCUGAGACCUGCCCACCCCGCCGCCUACGUGCCAUUCAGCUACGUGAUGGAAGCUGAGGAAGGAAGGAGGGCGCGUCCUAGUGUCCCCUUCAAAAGGGUCGCUUUAAGUAAACCUUGUGGUGGCUUGCACUAACGUGGAUCAGCCAAUUUGUGAUGGCUACAUGGAUUUUUGUCAUCAAUAAAACAUGUGAACAAAACACUCUUCUUAAUGUUCUGUAUGGAACAUAGAUUCAUUUAAAAACU